AUGUGUGAUGAUAAAAAAGAAUGUUGCAUUGCUCCUUAUUUAAACAAUCAUCAUUGGCAAUUGCUCAUUAUUAAUCCUACGAAGCUUAAAGUAGUCUUUCUAUGUUCAUUGGGAAAGAAGCCGGAUAAAAAAAUCUGUGACAUAGUUGAAACAGCUUUGGGAGCUUAUAAUAAGUUACAACGUGCGAGAAAGCAAAAGAAAGUAGAAUGGUUCUUUCCCACCAGUCAAAAGCAACAAGCUAGUUAUGAGUGUGGCUAUUACAUCAUGAUUCACAUGUUGAACAUUAUAUCUGCUACUAUUGUUUGUUCAUGGACACAGAUAUUUCGGGAUUCAAAGCCAUUUCAAAAAGAUGAAGUUAAAAAUGUUCAAGAACGCUGUGUGUAA